CCCCUUCAGUCUUGCACAGGUGUACCGGCUCCUCCCCCCGUUCAGUCUUGCACAGGUGUACUGGCUCCUCCCCUUCAGUCUUGCACAGGUGUACCGUCUCCUCCCCCUUCAGUCUUGCACAGGUGUACCGUCUCCUCUCCCUUCAGUCUUGCACAGGUGUACCGGCUCCUCCCCUUCAGUCUUGCACAGGUGUACCGGCUCCUCCCCCUUCAGUCUUGCACAGGUGUACCGUCUCCUCCCCUUCAGUCUUGCACAGGUGUACCGGCUCCUCCCCUUCAGUCUUGCACAGGUGUACAGGCUCCUCCCCUUCAGUCUUGCACAGGUGUACCGGCUCCUCUCCUGGACUCCUCCUCCUCUUCUGGAGCUUCUCACACCCAGCCUGACUGUCCCUGGCCCCGCCCC